AUGAACGUGAAUCUGAAACGCAGGAAGGACCUAAGUGACUAUCUUUGUUCUCUAGACGAGGCAGCAGAGUAUAUCCGUUCGACCACCCAUUCUUCCAAAUCACGCCGACACAAGUCGUCUAGAUCGAGAAAAUGCGUAGACUACAGCAAUCCUGAGGAUGUCAAAAUAGUUGAGAAGAAAAAGACAGUGAUCAAGAUAAAGCCACCGCUACCGGCGGAGAAGAAACCAGCCGUGGUGAAAAUAAUUAAUGAACCGGAGGAGCUAAAACUACUAGAACCAAGGGUCAGCAUAAUCUCACUUCUGCCGGAUAUCAAAUGGAACUUCGACAAGGGCGAGCCGGAACCCGAGGUGGAACAACCGAAAUGGAUGGAGCCGUUCAGUUGCAAUGGUCGAUUCAAGGCACGCUUUGACAUACUACCUAUGGAACUGAUUUUGAAAAUAUUUAAGCAGAUAACUCCCAGCGAUCGUUUGGCUGCUGGCACUACCUGCAGACGUUGGAUGGAAGCUUCGCAUUUCUAUGAGCCGUUCUUAAAUCUAACGCAUUACCAUUUCGACAGGAUAGAAUUCGGAGACCACGUAGGCCCAUUCAAAUACUUUAGCGAAGGAUUUCGGCUCUACCCGAGGCUAACGUUCUCUCAAGUGGAGUUCAAUAAGCAUAGUGAUUUUUGGAACAUUCACGGGUUGUGGGUUACGGAGCUAACGCUCCGUUCGUGUGUUAUUAGGAAAAAGAAAUUCCUAUCUAUAAUGAGAAAUCUGCUGAACUUACGGCGCCUGGAACUGAUGCAGUGCGAUGAACUUUUUAAAAAUUGGACCCUGGAAUAUAAUAACCAAGAACCAAUGUUUCCGUUUUUCCUAUUCUGUCUGAAACAUUUAUCGCUCUCCGGAUGUGACUACUUCAACGAGUAUCAUUUCGAACGCUUCAUGGUUAUGGCCCCUAAUCUGCAAUCAAUCGAUGUUUCCAACUGCUUUAUCAAUCUGUACCUUUCGAAGAGAAUCACAAUGCUGGAUCGUGUGAUGAAACUGAUCAACCGUAAUCGUUACCUCAUGAAGGCGAUAAAUUUUGCCGACACACCAUGUGUGGAUGACUUCACCUGGCAUUGUCUGUGCGACAUUGACGAGCUACAGUUGACGCACCUCACCGUGUCGUACUGUGAUCGAGUACCCCUCAAAGAUCCCGGUAUUAUUCGGUUCUUCAGCAUGCAAACACAGCUCACGUAUCUGAAUUUGACGGCCUCGAUAGGCCUGAACGACGAAUGCAUGCAGAUCAUCAUCACCAGCUGCCCACUGCUUCAUACUCUCAAAAUUCGACGAUGUUGGCUGCUCAGCGAUGAAGGCGUUGCGGAUAUGCACACGCUACAGCAUCUCCGUAUUCUGGAUAUAUCCAGCUGCGAACGAAUCAGCGAUUACGGUAUCAUGACUGGGAUUAUUUCCAAACGGCCUAGAGAAAUGAGUGAAUUGUACGCGUCACUACUGAAUAACCUCACCGAUACAACGCUCUACUAUGUGGCUAUCAACUUUAAAAACCUUCAGGUCCUGGACCUGGAUAGCUCAUCUAAUGGUGUAACGGAUGAGGCUAUCCAAUACUUUGCCUGCUAUCUGCACAACCUGAGACAUCUGAAUGUUGUCGCUUGCACAAAGGUAAUUGAUUCCGGAAGAUGGCUCAUAAGUCUGAUCUCGAUCAGUUACAAUCAAUCAGCAGUCUUGAAUAGAUGCGACAUGAGACUUAUUGAAGCGAAAGUUCCCCUUCCGGAUUUUAGUAAUCUUCCGACAGAACUGCUGGUUGAGAUCUUCAAGUACCUCACGGUGAGCGAUCGCAGUGCUGCCAGCUACACCUGCUGGAAAUGGUACGAAGCGUCCAAGUAUCUCGGCUUCGCCCAGCAGAUGUGUCUCCAUCUUAUCGGCGUGGAUUUCGAUGAUUACAAACCUCCCAUCGCCGAUUUGCGGCUGUGCCCCCACGUGUUCCCAGUGCUGAAGCUGACCCGAGUGAGACUACAGCAAUCGGUUUACAGUCAAUUUCUGGUGGACUUUGGACCCUGGAUCAGCGAGAUAACAUUUGAGAAAUGCAUGAUCUGGCGCGAGCGAAUCAUUCAGGUGUUUAAGCACAUGCGGAAUCUCCGGACGGCUCGCUUCGUGGAGUGCGAUCUGCUGAGGGAUGAUCUGUUCAAAGAUUGGAAACUUUUCGAGAAUGGAUUGUGGGAAAUACUGUUCCGAAGCAUUCGCACUUUGAGUUUGGCGAAGAACAAUUUUACCCAGGUGCAGUUUAACUCAAUCGUGGAGAUGAUGCCUAAUUUGACGUCGGUUGAUCUAUCAAACUGUUUCAGUUAUGUAGAUUCGGCGAGUAAAACGCAAAUGCUGAACUGCAUUCUGAAUUUCGUUCGCGAGCGUCAAUAUAUGCUGAAGAGUUUGAAUUUAUCCAACAUCUCGGUGGAUGAUUUGUUUUUACGUGGUUUGGUUAAGACAACCCAGCUUCGGCUGGAACAAUUGAGUUUGACAUACACAGAGAAAAUGCCCCACAGGAAUCCUGCGAUAAUAUGUUUGCUGCAACUGCAAACAGAAAUGAAAGAUCUGGAUUUGUCACAAUCGGUGGGGAUUACGGAUUAUUGUUUGGAGCAAAUCGUUAACUAUAUGGCUGGUCUGAAGAAGCUGAAUUUGAGCGGUUGCUGGAGUAUUGGCGACUAUGGAGUUUCACAAAUAUUCCGACUGCAACGAUUAGAGAAGUUAGAUCUUUCCAAGUGCCGCAUCACCAAGAAGGCGGUUAUCGACGGAGCCUCCCAUAGCAAUAGAAAACUGAUGAAGGAGAUUCAUCUGGAGCAGAUCAGUACUUUGGACGAUGAUUGCAUCGUUCGAAUUGGAGCAAACUUCACCAACUUGACCGUUCUGAAUAUUGGUGGGUCGUCUUCUUGUAUGACUGAUUGGUCAGCGCAGUAUAUUUUCUAUAAUCUAAUUUGUUUGGUGGAUAUUAACCUCGAGAGGAGCACGAAGUUAACCGAUGCGGGUUUCACCGGAAUUGACUUGCCGCAGAAGACGUUCGCCAUAUGGGAUAUUGCGGAGACAUUCUCGAUCGAGCGUCUGAAAAAACUUCGUAUCCUCAAAGUAUCCGGAUGCUUCAAAAUUACGGACUUUUCACUUCGAUACGCCUUUAGGUUCAUGGAGUUGAAGGAACUGAGUUUAUCCCGAUGCCACCAGAUUUCCAAGCAGGGCAUUGAGAUUCUGGUGCAGAACUGUCCGGCGCUGGAGUAUCUGGAUUUGAGUGAAUGCCAGAACAUGAACGACUAUUGCGUGGAGCUCAUCGCUUUGCACCUCAAGCGUCUCAGUACGCUCAAGCUGGCGAAUUGUCCUCUGAUAAGCGAGGUUGGAUUGAGAUUUCUGUCCCAUCACUGCCAAAACUUGAAGUAUCUGUAUGUGAGAGGAUGCUUCAAGCUGCCACCAGAUAUAAUGGAACGUUUGUCCAAUAUCACCACCCUGAGACAGGUGUACAAGUCUUAAUUCUUCUAUAGAUGUUUAUAUUGUAAAAUACAGUGGUUGUCUCAAUUGUACAUUUGAAAUCAUCGUAAGAGACGAAUGAACAUAAACUAUUAAGUUGCUUGAAAAAUAAUUUCAAUUUUCUUAUAAUGUAAGAAUACUUUAGUGAAUCAUAUAUUUUUCAGUUUCAUUCAAUAAUCUUCUGAUGAAUGCACGAUCGUGGAACAUCCAAUCUUUACUAGCAAUAAAAUGAGCCGAGUCAUUUUUGACUUCCCCA